GCCGUGCGGGGAAGCGGGAAUCGUUAGGUCCGUUCCGGACCCGCUCCCCGAUGGCCCAGGCGUCUCACCCUGGUGGCCUUCUGCCUCCUCUCGCUACCGUGCCGCGGCUGUCAGUGCAACCCGGGGGCGCUGGGGAGGAGCCGUGGGAGGGAAGGCGGGCGGGCGCUCUCCCGGGGGAGGUUCGCGGCUGGCGGGGGCUGCCAGUUUUCGGGAGCAUCUCCUGCCGGGACCCGCGGCCGGGAGGGCAGCCGUGGUGGGCUGGGCCGGCACCCGCGGACGCGAGCGAGGACCACGAGGCUGGGCCUGCAGACUGGAGGCGGGAGCCGGCAGCGGGAAGCUCAAUCCCUCCAGCGCUGCAGAGUCUUCAGGCCGUGUUGCUGCGGCUGCACCGCGAGCGGGAGCAGCUCCUCCGGGCCCGCGACUGCGCCCGCCACCUGCAGGCGGCCGUGCGCCUCCUGAGGACCCUGAACCCCGGCUUAUCAUCGCUCGGCCCCAGCCCCUUGCUCCAGCUGUGUAGCGACCUGCUGCCGUACCCUUCCCAAGGGGCCGUCCUGCGAACCCGGCCUCUUGAGGCCCUGGAGCCGCUGCUCCUGACGCGCCUCAUCGGACUAGCCACUCAGCACCUGGAUGCUGCCAUCGAGAUGCAGCUUCGCGUUCUUGGCCGGACGCCCUUCAGCCCGGGCCUGUCGUCUCAACUGUCUGAGCUGCUGCUGGUGCUUCCCACUUACCACCAACUACUGGGAAAAGCCAUGAGCCACGUCCCGGGGGCAGCGCGCCCCUUUACCCCGGCCCGAGUGCUCCGCCUUCUGGCAGGGGAACGGGGUUGCCAGGUAGCAGCUCGGCUGGAUGAGGCGCUCAGCGGAUCAGGCUUGCGGGACCAGCUUCGCAGGCAGUGCCAAGAGGAGCGGGAGCUGCUGCCAGGGCUGCUGGGGCUUGUGGAGGGCGUGGCGGGUUCACGCAGCAGUGGACUGAGGCUUGGAGGGGCUGGGGCCCUGUGGAGCCAGUACUGGACCCUGCUGUGGGCAGCCUGUGCUCAGAGUCUGGACCUGAAGCUGGGACCUUGGAAGGACCCUAGGGCAGCGGUACAACAGCUGAGUCAGGCACUGGGUCAGGCAUCACUACCUCAGGAGUGUGGGAAGGAGCUGGCUUCUUUGUGCCACAACCUACUUCAUCAGUCGCUCAUCCGGAGCUGGGACCAAGGCUUCUGCCAGGCCUUGGGAUUGGCUCGUGGGGAUCAGCACAGCCUUCCCUCAUCCUGGGAUGGUAGCUCCUGCUCUCGAACAACUGAACUUCUUCAACAGCUCUUCCUCUCUCUCCUGGAUGCCCUUCAGGAAUCCAGGCCAGGGCUAAUCCUCUGUCGGCCUGCAGGUCCUGCACCCCUCGCCCUGGGGUUGUGUACCCUCCAGACCACCUUGCUCUGGCUCUUGGGAAGAGCUCAGCAGCACUUGGCAGCAUGGGCCCCAGGCUCUUUCCUUCUCCUGAUCCAGAAGGACUUGCCUCCUCUAUUGCAUGAAGCACAAGCUCUGUCUAGCCUAACCUCAGAGGAAAGCUUGGCCCUGGAGGUGGAGCAGCAGCUGGGCCUGGAGAUCCAGAAGCUGACUGCACAGAUCCAGCUCCUGUCUGAAGAGUCACUAAGUCUCUUCUCUCAAGAAUGUCAUAAACAAGCCACACAGGGCUUUGAGCUCUACAUGCCACGGGGUCGGUACUGGCGGCUUCGUCUCUGCCCUGAACUGCCUGGCAUUCCUAGUGAAUAUGCUGGAUUGGUGGUCCGCACUGUCCUGGAGCCUGUGUUGCAAGGAUUGCAGGGAUUGCCACCCAAAGCCCAGGCUCCUGCCCUCGGUCAGGCGCUGACGGCCAUCCUGGGUGCCUGGCUCGACCACAUCCUCACCCACAAGAUCCGGUUCAGCCUGCAGGGGGCGCUGCAGCUCAGGCAGGACUUUGGCGUGGUCCUCGAAUUGCUGGAAGAGGAGCAGUGGGGCCUGUCGCCUGACCUUCGCCAGACACUGCUCAUGCUCAGCAUCUUUCAGCGGCUGGAUGGGGCCCUGCUAUGUUUACUGCAGCAGCCCUUGCCCAAAACACGAAUCCACAGGAGGCCUCCCUGUUGCUGUGCCUGUAAUGAGGUCCAGACCACGGAAUUGCCCAGCAGCAGCCUCAACAGCCUGGAGAGCUUGGAGCCCCCCAUUCGGCCUGGAGCAGCCCCAGCCCAGACAGCUCAGUUGCUAAGCACACUGUGGGGAGGGGGACCUAGCCCUGAGGCUUACCUGGUGGGAAAUCAGCAGGCCUGGCUUGCCCUGAGGCAGCACCAGCGCCCCCGUUGGCACCUGCCUUUUCUUUCCUGCCUGGGGACCAGUCCUGAACAGUAAGGGGAGCCUGGGACCAGGAGCUAGGAAGUCAGAGCUCCCCGUUUCUACCUGAAGAAAUUCAGACAUCUGGAACUGCAUAUUAAAGAAGCCUGGAACUGGGAACUCAGGAAAGCAUACCUGAGAAACACGAGCUACACGGAGCCUGGACAUACAAGCUAAGAAUCCAAGAUCGCUCCAGAGCCUGGAAUCUAAAGUAAAGGGCAAGACCACAGCCUGGAACCUGGAGGUCAGCAUCCUUGAGAGACUCAGGCCUAGUUUCCCAUCAGUGAAAACGUCUCAGGGCCAGAAGGUGGGAGGAUGGCUAGAGGGGUUGGAUCCUAGGGAACAGCAGAAGGGAACAGGAACAGAAAGCAGAGCCUAGAUGCCACUUCCUCAUAAGUCCCAGGAGCUGGGCUGAAAGCAAAGUUUAAUUCAUCAGGAACCACAGAGAUGAAAUAGGCAUUUCUGCACGUGGUUCAGUUUCAGGGUCUGUUUCCCUGUACUCUCCAGUACUAUUUUCAGUCAUAUAAGAAUUUUGGGCUGUAGGGCCAUGACGUUUGACAUUUAGUUAUUCAGAGUUCAACGUGUUUAAUCUUCAGUUACCUCCGUGCGGUCUACCUCCUGGUAGGCAUAUAAUCCCUGCAGUAGUAAUGCUCUCUGUCCAUGUGGGGGCCAGGAUUUAAAAUGGCGUUAACCUAGACCUGGCACAGCAGGAUACUGAAGGGAAAGGCUGCAGAAGACUGACGUGUUUCGAGCCAGGUGCAAAAAGGUUUUGCACUAUUUUUUUAUUGUCUUCACCGUGGUUGGUACAAGACGACUAGUUAUGAUAGGUAGUAUUUACUGAUCGGUUACUUUGGGCCCCUCGCUGUGUGACCCUGGCUGCCUCCAAACCUUGAGCCGAAAUCACCUCUUUCCCUCCCGCCUUCCUUCCCUCCUUUU